UGGCGUCAAUAGCUGCGUUUAUUUUGUGAGGUUGUGUUAUUAGACGAGUUUUAUAUCAACAUUACCGCGUGUAAUUUAAGUGUUUAAUGUAAAAAUACAAUGUUUUUAAAUUGAACAACAAAAUGGAUGCCUAUGAUAUUUUCAAAAAACUGACAAAGGGUCUCACUUUUAAUCGUCGUGUUUUAGGUGUGAAAAAUGCCGAGCACAAUAUAAAAACUACUUUAAAAAAGGAAACAGAUAUUAAAAAUGAAGAACAAGAUGAAAUAAAACAAGAAAAUGAAGAUAUGGAACCUCCAUCAGAUAUAGAUAGUGAAGAAGGUGAUGUUGAGAACGGUGAUCUUAAAAUAAUUGAUGGUGUUACCAUAGAAAAAAAAACCAAAAAAAAGAAAUCAAAGUUAACACCCGAAGAAUUGAAAAAGAAACUUGAAAUAGAACAGCAAAAUCAAUUUCGGAAUGAACAUGGAAUCAAAGCAGUCGGUCGGCACAUUCCAAACACAUUGACAGACUUCAGUGAGCUAGUAACCAAAUACAAAGUAGCACAAUCACUAGUGGACACAGUGAGUCAGUGUGGUUACUCUGAACCAACACCAGUGCAGCGUCAAGCGAUACCAUGCUUAUUAGAGGGCCGUCAGAUAGUCGCCUGCGCGCCGACGGGGUCCGGCAAAACGGCGGCCUUCCUGCUGCCGCUGCUGCAGCUGCUGGGCGCGGCUGCGGGCGGCCCGCGCGCGCUGGUGCUGUGCCCAACGCGCGAGCUGGCGCUGCAGAUCCACCGCGAGGCGCUGCGGCUGGCGGCGCCCACGCAGCUGCGCUGCACCGUCGUCAGGAGCUGCAAACAGAGCAAAAUCAAGGAGCGAGAGAACACCAUAAAAAAGAGUGAUUUAGUGAUAAGUACACCAAAUCGUCUCUGCUAUUUGCUGAAUCAAGAAAAUGUUGGCAUUACUUUGGAUAAGGUCCAAUGGCUAAUCAUCGACGAAGCGGACAAACUGUUCGAGGGCACCACAGAGGAGGUUGACACGUUCCGACAGCAGCUCGACGUCAUCAUGGGCUUCUGCAAAGCCAAGCUGGCGAUGUUCAGCGCCACCCACACGCCCGCCAUCGCCAAGUGGGCGCGACACAACAUGCGCGGGCUCGUCAACGUUACCGUCGGCCUCAGGAACGCAGCAUCCACAUCAGUGGAACAAGAGCUGCUGUUCUGCGGCAACGAGAACGGAAAGUUGGUGGCGUUCAGGCAGCUCGUGCAGAAAGGGCUUAAGCCUCCCGUCUUAGUUUUCGUGCAAAGUAAAGACCGAGCAAAGCAGCUGUUCAAGGAACUUAUCUACGAUGGUAUCAACGUGGACGUCAUCCACGCGGACAGGACGCAGGCGCAGCGUGACAACGUAGUACGCAGUUUCCGCACGGGUCGCAUCUGGGUGCUGAUAUGUACAGAGCUGAUGGGUCGCGGGAUCGACUUCCGGGGCGUCAACCUCGUUGUCAACUUCGACUUCCCGCCGUCCGCCAUCGCUUACAUCCACAGGAUAGGGCGAGCGGGUCGAGCGGGACAGAAGGGUCGCGCUAUCACGUUCUUCACGCAAGACGAUGUCACCAAUCUAAGAAGCAUCGCUUCAGUAAUGAAACAGUCUGGAUGUGAAGUACCGGACUACAUGUUGAGGCUCAAACAAGACGCUAACAAGAGGAAGAGGUUGUUAAAGAAGGCCCCACACAGGGACAAAAUUUCAACUAUCCUGGAGAAACCAGAAAAACGUAAACUUGAACCUCAAGACGCAAAGGAAACUAACAAGACGAAGGACACAGAUAAUGUGAAAAAUGCCAAAAAUAAAAAAAUAAGGAAAAUAGAAAAUGGAGUAACAAAGAAAGAGGGACCUCAGAAAGAAAAAAGUAAGCCGACAAAUGAAAUGAAAAAAUCACAUAAUAUGGGCCAAAAUAAAAGAAAAAAGAGAAAAAUAAAUAAAUUGUGAAAUAAUAAAAAAAAAAAUUAAGU